AUGUGCAAUGUCGCGGGGCGGCAUCGGAAAGCCAUCGGAAACAUCGGAUGGGGUUGUCAUGGGUACCUCAAAACUCCUCUAAACCGACGCCCCGCGACGCCCCCGGCAUCGGAAAGGCAUCGGGAAAAUCGGGAAAAAUGUGUUCUGAUGUUGUCACACUUGGCCGUUAGUGACUCAGCUGAAGGAAAAGUUCCACCUGUUCCAAAACUACCUCCUUUUCAUGUACCAAAGCAAGGGGAGGUUGCGGAAUUCUUUGCCCCAUGGAGCGGAGCAGUUCAACCCGAAGCUUCUGACCAUGCGGAGACGCCUCCGCCGAAACGACGUGUCAUUUCGCCAUCGACUUCGUUCACUUCCAAGGCUUCCAGUGGUUCGAUGAGUGCACCUUCGCCAGUUCAGUGGCCCGCGUUGCUUCCAUCGAGCCGUGAACUAGAACCAGCACUGGCCCUUGCUGAGUCAAUGUCGCCAGCAGCAUACUCCCGGUCAUCAACAGUAGACUACACAAAGGGUGUUCCAACGCCUCCCACAAAGAAAGCUUCAGCUUGUCGCGGUGUGUGUACUGCAGCAAAAACAUCAGCCAGCCCACCCCUUGCACAUAGCACAAUGGUGUUGAAGCGUAGGCCUCCUGCCACCCCAGCCUCUGCAGCUACACCCCUUGUUCUGCCUGCUUGCCCCCCUGCAAAGGCCCAUGCCUAUGCUGAUGCUGAACAUGACACGCACAUGGCAGAACAACCAAAGUCGCCAAUGCCAACUGCGAAGGCAGUCCCGAAGCCAAUUCCAACGGCCAAAGUUGCUGCAUGCCAACCCGCAACCCAAGCACCUGAGCCAACACCAAGCCAUGAAUCCACAGAAACACCUCAGUCAACACCCCCACAGAUGCACCCAGCCAAGGACUCCCAUGGACCAGCCAAAGUUCAGCUUGACUCAGCAAGAGCUGGCAUCUUGCGCCACAAGAAAGCACAGCCAUCCGGCUUGUCUGUCAAGUGGGAACUUGAUACCCCGGCCCCGCCUGUUCUGCCACCAGACCUGGAGACACCCAACAAUGCACCCCAAGCAGAAUCUCCAGCCUUGGCAAAAGCCAAAGCGCAACCUCCCCUGACCCCAGCAGCACAACCAGCACAGCCUGUACGACGACCUGCUGCUCAAAUCACCGUUGCCACUGGGGAGGAUGGGGCACCACAGCCCAUUGAACCCGCGACCUACAACGAACGGCAAGCUUUGCAGGGCGAGUUCAAAAGGCGUCUUCGCGACCCAGAAGCGCACGACAUACCGGAUGAAGUGGUGGAAGCAUGGGAAGCUGCAGUGAAGACCAACACGAAGGCUGCAAAGACGGCCCUGUUCGAAAAAUGGCUGAAAGCCGGAAAGAAUUGGAGCCUGUUGCACGUGGAAAAUUCCAGGACCCACACCGAUCGAUCCACUUCCACGAGGAAAAUGCGUUGGCGAACCAAAGCUCAGAUCAUUGCUGAUCACGGUGGUGACACGGAUGCUGCAGACAGCAUCAUUAAGAAGAAGAUUGCGGCUGGUUUAGUGCAAGAUCACCCAGACGAUGAUGAUUUGAAGACUUACUAUGUGACUGUGGAGCUUGGAAAAAAGGAUGAAGAGGAGACCGCCAACACGCUCAAGAUAGCGGCUAAGGCAAAGAUCAACUGUGGUGGUCAGGCUUCCCUGAAGUUGACGAAGGGUUGCAAGCCCGAAGAGUGCCUGAACCUGCGUACCAACCAAAAGGAAGCUCCCGCGCCCGCGACGGUUUUGGGAGUUCCAAAGGCCAAAGCGAAGUCCAAACCCAAGCAAGCAAAGACGAAGGAGAUGCCGGAUGAGGUCGUACCAGGUCUUCAAUGGAUGGUUCCCCAGAUUCUCAAGGAUUUGAGCCAGGCAAAGAUGUGGCCCGUGAAAUUGGCCCAUCUUAAGCACCAAGACAAACUUCGUGACAACCUAGUGGCAGCGGCGAAGGAGUUGGAAGAUUACUAUUACACUCUGAAAUCCAUUUUGGACCAGUUCGAGAAGGAGAAAUCACACCUCGACGAAGACCGUGCCGCAGAGAUCCUUAUUGAUGCCAAUGCCGGAAGGGAUUCGUACCUCGAAAAUGCAGCGAUGGCAACGCAGCUGUGCAAGCCAAAGGGAGGGAAACGGAAGGUGAGGUUGGGUUGGGGGUUGCCACACCAUAACGUCCAAUGUCUGGGUUCAAAAUUAUGCACCUUGAAGGGAUGGCUCAUGAAUGUCUAA